GGUCCAGAAUUCUCUUCAACUUCGUCUGAAUGCACCUGAUCUUGAAGGCGUAAUCCUGUGCCAGUCGAAGUCGAGUCUACACUACUCUCCCACGUGGUCCCAGUAUGAAGCUCUUCAUUGCUGCUCUCCUGGUCGCGGCCAAGGUGGUGUCCGCCCACUUCGAGCUCCAAUACCCAUACUGGCGAGGCGACUCCUUCCUGCCGCCUGCGUCUCAGUAUAUCUUCCCAUGUGCAAACGUCAAUACCACCGCCGAAUCCAACGCCAACCGCACCCUCUGGCCCCUCGACGGCGGCUCGCUGGUGAUCGAUUUCCACCACCCAUGGACGUAUGUCGCAUUCAACCUGGGCUUCGGCUCGGACAUCGCGACCUUCAACAUCUCCCUGAACCCCAUGCUCCUCAACGAGACGGGCAACGGGACCAUUUGCAUUCCCAAGUGGACGCUCCCCGCGGACCUGGGCAUCGUCGACGGCAUGGACGCGUCCCUGCAGGUUAUCACGAUCGGGGACAGUGGGACUGCUCUGUACAACUGUGCGGAUAUCAGAUUCAGCGCCAACGCAACGACCUUGUCCGGCGACCAGUGCCAGAACUCGACGGGCGUUGAGAUCUACCCGCUCGUUCAGCAACAGGCGAAUGGAUCCACUGCACAAGCGACAGCCACUGUCACGGUGACUGCGAGUGCAGCUGCGGCUACGUCGACCAAUGGUGCGGCGAGGAUGAGCACACAACAUAUGGCAGGCCUUGCUUGGAGCAUUGGGUUCGCUCUUAUCGUGACAUAUGCACUCGGGUUCUAGGGGCGAUGAUAACUUGGUGGCAGCGCAAGUCGGCGAUUUUGCACUUUGCACUUAGAGCGGAAGAGCAUCAAAAUAGAGCGGCCUUCAGCUGGACUUGGCACAAGUUUGGCCUCGCAAAGGAUGCAAGCUGAAUUGCUCAGAUAUAGUUGCCUUUCCGGCAAAAGCGCACAGGUUGAGCAAGGUCUCUGGGGCUCGAAAGCCACUCGGUCCCCGACUUUGAUUUCUGUUUGUUGUGCUGCAAUUGCUCCGACUGCGACCCCCUCUCCUGCUCCCUCGUGGCCCAAGACCAAAGGACUCUCAACGAUGAAUGAUCCAUUUCGGCCGUGCUGGGAGUAGUGCAGAUCCGUACCACAGAUUCCGGUGGCUCGAGGCGCGAUCUCUGAACUUCGUUGGGCUCUGUUGCUCGUUACUCCGCUCCAAGAUUGGAAUUCCUUCAGAGGUCGUGUAUUAUAUUGAAAAAAGAGAAUCUUCUUCCCAGAGACUAGGGACUGUGUCAGCUUCCCCCUCCAGAUGCUGUGAUCUGAGGUGUUGAACCACAGGGUAACAGGAGGAUCAAAGGGUAUAAUCAAGACUUCCUCCCGAGCGAUUAAAGCCAAGCGCAACUUAAGUUAUC